AUGAGCCAUAUGAACAGCAUGGAAGAGAAUUUCAACGAUUCUCACUCUGGACCACAAAUGGACCCAAUGGAAGAUGCGAACAAAACUGAAAAGCUGGACCAACAAUCUGGAAAAAUUUCCAAUGCGUUCAAUGAUAUGAAACAACAAGUUGCGGGAAGAGAAGAUCGAGAAAAGCGAUGUGAAAUGAAUAAAAAAUGCGAAAAAGAAGGAAUUAAGAGGCAUUAUUAA